GGAUCUGGUUUUUAUAAAAUUAAUAUAAUAUGAGAUAAUUCAGUUCCAACUACAUGAUGCAUUUGGCAAAAAGAAUGAUCUUGACCAAUAAAGAUUAUGCUUUUUCUCCAUGUGUGUAGUCAUCAAUUAUGUGAAAGAUCAAUAUAUAUUUGUACUAACUUGAAUAAUGGAAGAUGAUGUGUGAUAUAAUUACGAUGGAAAAGUCAUUUUGCAUGAAAUUUCUAUACCCUUUUAAUUUGAAUUAUUCCACAAAGUGAGUUGGUCGUCCUCUCACUUGUAAUAUUUUUUUAGUUAAUGAUCUAUAAGAUCUAAGAUUAGUACAGGAGAGAACAUAUCUUUUGUCUCCUAAACCUCCUUUACUAUCAUCAUUAUCAUCAAAAACCCUAUUUUAUACCAUUUCACAGCGAAGACAAGCAGAUAUUUUGAUAUAAAGAAGGGGAGACACCUCAGACAAGAGGAUAUCAGAGAAGAAGAUGUAUCAAGAUCAACAACACCCCGUUGGUGCUCCUCCUCCUCAAGGGUAUCCUCCAAAGGAAGGAUAUCCACCACCGGGAUAUCCUCCGGCAGGUUAUCCUCCACCACCUCAGGGAUACGGUCAGGCAUAUCCAGCACAAGGGUAUCCUCCACCGCAAUAUCCUCAAGGUCCUCCGCCGCAGUAUCCUUAUCAGGGUCCUCCACCCCAAUAUGGUCAGGCUCCACAAAAGAAGAAGAAAGACUCGGGAUUUGUAGAAGGAUGUUUGGCUAUGCUCUGCUGUUGCUUUCUGUUGGAAGCUUGCUUCUGAUUGAAGAUUGAGAUGAUAUUGACCCGUUGACCGUCUACAGGAUGCCAUCGUAUUAUAUGAAACAAGAACUAUAAUUGUUAGGUGUUCAAAAGCAAAAAGAAAAAGAAUUAUAGUUGUUUAAAAAGGACGUCUUUGAUCAAACAUCUAGACAUCUUCUCGUAUGUGUGUGUCUAUGUGCGUUCGCGUUUUGUGUUUGUUCAAGUUUUUUAUUUUUAUUUAUUUCUGGUUUUGAACUUGAAUUUUCCUGAAGUUCUUGUUUUGUUUUGUUUUUUGCUAAUUUUUUUUUAAAAUUACCAAAAUAUUCUGGACCAAAGUUCAUAAUUUCUCAGAUCCAAAACCAAAAUAUGUAUUUUUAAGUAUCAAUAAUCUUAUGAAUUUUAAGUUUUGUUUGGUGUUUUUCAACAAUUUUAAAUGUUUCUAACUAUUAUUAAAUGUUAGUGUUCAUCUUUUG